AUGUUUGUUGAGAUAAACGUUUCCGUAGUGGUGCUUACUGGAAUAAAUUUUGUAGCCGAUUCCUCUUGUUUGGCGUUUGUUAAACUCGGUGUUGAGUCCCAUGUUCUCUUGGUGGUGUCUGGUGGACUCGAUGUUGUGUACCAUGUUCUGUUGGUGGUACCUGGUGGACUCGAUGUUGUUUCCCAUGUUCUCUUGAUGGUGUCUGCUGGACUCGAUGUUGUGUACCAUGUUCUCUCGGUGGUGUCUGUUGGACUCGAUGUUGUGUCCCAUGUUCUGUUGGUGGUGUCUGGUGGACUCGAUGUUGUGUCCCAUGUUCUCUUAGUGGUGUCUGUUGGACUCGGUGUUGUGUCCCAUGUUCGCUUGGUAGUGUCUGCUGGACUCGGUGUUGUGUCUAAUGUUCUGUUGGUGGUGUCUGGUGGACUCGAUGUUGUGUACCAUGUUCUGUUGGUGGUAUCUGGUGGACUCGAUGUUGUGUACCAUGUUCUGUUGGUGGUGUCUGAUGGACUCGAUGUUGUGUCCCAUGUUCUCUUGGUGGUUUCUGGUGGACUCGAUGUUGUGUACCAUGUUUUCUUGGUGGUGUCUGCUGGACUCGAUGUUGUGUACCAUGUUCUCUUGAUGGUGUCUGGUGGACUCGAUGUUGUGUCCCAUGUUCUCUUGGUGGUGUCUGCUGGACUCGAUGUUGUGUCCCAUGUUCUGUUGGUGGUGUCUGGUGGACUCGAUGUUGUGUACCAUGUUCUGUUGAUGGUGUCUGCUGGACUCGAUGUUGUGUACCAUGUUCUCUUGAUGGUGUCUGAUGGACUCGAUGUUGUGUACCAUGUUCUAUUGGUGGUGUCUGGUGGACUCGAUGUUGUGUCCCAUGUUCUGUUGGUGGUGUCUGGUGGACUCGAUGUUGUGUCCCAUGUUCUCUUAGUGGUGUCUGUUGGACUCGGUGUUGUGUCCCAUGUUCUCUUGGUUGUGUCUGUUGGAUUAAGAGUUUU